AUGGGGAACUUCGAAAUUGAGAAAAAUUGUACCCUGUAUAUUUGCACCGAUAAUUAUGAAAUUCCGUCGAUUAGUGAAAUUCAAAAGAAACUUGAGAGUCAAAAUGUAGAGAAGAAAAUAGAAGGAAUGGAACAUUUAAUAUUUAAUAUAAUACAAGGAGAACCAUAUGGUAAUUUGUUAAUGUGUGUAAUAAGAUUUAUAGUACCACAUAAAGAUCAUCGUUUAAAAAAGAUGAGUCAUAUAUUUUUCGAAAUUGUAGAUAAAUGUAAUAAUGAUGGAAGUUUAAAAGAAGAAAUGAUAUUAGUAUGUAAUGCUUUAAGAAAUGAUAUAAUAUCACCUAAUGAAUAUGUAAGAGGAUCAACAUUAAGAUUGUUAAGUAAAAUAAAAUACCUAAAGAUAAUCGAUCCAUUAAUAGAAGCUAUUACUAAGAAUUUAAGUCAUAGACAUAGUUAUGUACGAAAAAAUGCAAUCAGUUGUAUUCAUACUAUUAUUAAAGAACAUGGAAUUGAUGUAAUACCAAAUUCAAUUAAAGAGGUCGAGAAAAUUUUAUUUCUUGAAAAUGAUAUAUCGACAAAACGUAGUGCAUUAUCUAUGUUAAUUGAUGUAGAUCCAUUAACUACUUUAAAAUAUAUAUUGUCCUUAAAUGAUCAACUAUAUGAUACAGCUGAUGUUAUAUUGUUAGAGGUUAUACAUCUUUUCAAAAAGUUAUAUAUUCCACAUGUCUUUGAUGAUUCUUAUUUAUUGAUAAAUGAUGAAGACGAAGAAAACGAGGAAGAUAAAGAAACCGAGGGAAGUGGGUCUGAAGAAUUGGACGAGGAAAGUUGUGAAUAUUGGCUUAAUGAAGCAGAAGCGAACAAUGCUAAUUUGUUGGGGUCGAGAAGGGGUAAGGAAAAUUUUGGUCUCCUAGGAAGGAACAUAAAGAAUGGAAGCAUGCCGAUCAUGCAGACAGGGAGUAUUGCCUCUGUUGGUAUGGUAUAUGGGAGCGAUGUACAACUGUACAGCAAUGCUAAUGGCAAUGUUAGCAACAAUGUUAGCGGCAAUGUUAGCGGCAAUGUUAGCGGCAAUGUUAGCGGCAAUGUUAGCGGCAAUGUUAGCGGCAAUGUUAGCGGCAAUGUUAGCGGCAAUAUUGGCGGAGGUAGUAACGGUGUGUUGAACGUGCUAAGUGAAGAUAUUCAGUUUAAAAAGAAAAAAGUUAAUGAAAACGAGUAUGGUAUAUACAAGAAUAAGGUAAUUAACAUACUGUUGAACAUGCUGAACAAGAAUGUUAGUAAUAGUGUAUUGUAUGAAGGAGCUUGUUGCUUACUGUACAUGAGUAAUUCUGUGUUGAGUAUUAAAACUGCUAGUGAAUGCUUUAUAAAACUGUUAAUAAAUCAGCAUGAUAAUAAUAUAAAACUAAUAGUUAUAGACAAGCUGUAUUAUAUUAUGUGUAAAUGGAAAAACGUGCUAGAAAAUUUUAGUAUGGAUUUAUUGAGGGCUUUAAAUUUCCCAUCGAAAGAUAUUAAGGUAAAAAUAUUAAAUUUAGUAUUACAUGUAUUGACAAAAAGAAAUGUGCAUUUAGUGCUAAACGUUUUAAAGAAGGAAUUAUUAAAAUUAAAUGAACAAGUUGUUUAUACAAAGAAUAUAACGAAUAAAGGUGUUGCUCAAGGAGGCGCUAAUGGCAUUAUCAAUACUGGAUCAAGCAGUGGGGUAUCAAGUCAACCUCUGAACAAUUUUAGUGGCAACAGUAAGGACCUUAAUCAGGUGAAUAAUUUAUCGACAAAUUAUCAAGAAAUGACAAAUUACAAGAAAAUUUUAAUAAAAUCUUUACAACAUGUAUGCAAUAUGUACUCUGAUGAAUGCUUAAAUAUUGUUGACUUGUUAUUAAUAUAUGUAAAUGAUGAUGAGAAAGAAAUUAAUUAUGAAGCAGCUGUAUGUAUUAGGAAGUUAGCUAAUAAUGAAAAAUUUCAAAAUAAUAUACUGCAAAAGAUUGUGGAUUCAAUUUUUAUUAUAAAGAAAUCAAAUAUAUUGCGUAUUUUCUUUUGGGUAUUAGGUCAAUACAUGAAUGAUCAAAAUAUGAUCAUAAAUUUUUUGAACAAAUUAUAUGAUAAUUUGUCAUCUUUUCUAAAUAGUCAUAUGGAAUAUGAUAUGAUAAAUAAAGUACAAAAUGAAAAUUUAAAAAAAAAUAGAACGAUGAACAAUAAUUUUAACGCAGUAUCUAAUUCAAAUAUUCAAACAAAAACAGUUAUAUUAGAAGAUGGUACAUAUGCUACUGAAGCCUUUUUGAAAACAAAGAGUUUGACUCCUUUAGAUGAUCAACAUAAUUCUCAUUCUUUUGCUUACAAUUUGUUAAGUGAUAAUGAUGAUUUGCUUCUAUCUGUUCUCUGUGUGUGUAUUACAAAAUUGUAUUUUAAAUUACUUUCCAAAGUUAACUCUAUUUUCGACUUUUUAAAUACAUCUGUGGAAAAGCACCCAUUGGGGGAGAAACCGGAUCCUGAUUUGUCCACGAAUUUUACUCUAAAGGGGCCAAUCGAAAUUACUGAUAUUAACGGCAGGGAGGGAAAGGAGAUAAAUAUUCUAGGGAAGCAGGGGGAAAUGGAAAAGCCUGGGACGCAGCUUAAUGAGUGCAAUGAUGAGGUAGCUGUACACGUAAGCAGCCUGAAGAGCGAUGCGGAAACGGCGGUGAAAAAUAUUAACGAGUUUAGAAAUAAGUGCAUAUAUAUAUUGGCCAGUAUUAUUAAAUAUAUUGUUCAGAAGAACAUGAAAAGCGCAGUUAGCAUAUACGAAAACGACAGCAACGUGAUAAGAAUAAAUCAGUGCCUUAAAAUUUUUUUAAGGAUAACGAUUGGAAAGAAAAUAACGGAUGAAAAAACAAAAAAUUUGAUCAGAGCAUUUAUAAAUGGAGAUAACUAUUACCAAGCAUUUUUAGAAAAGGAAGAAGAAAAAUAUUGCAGCAUAUAUGGUUCAACAUAUAAAAAUAUGAAAAAGAAAUGUAACAAUCAGAAGGAUUUAAUAACUCGCGGUUUAAUUGGUAUAAAUAAAGAUACUGGUGAACAUAUAUUACAGGGUGAUGAUGAAAAGGAAAAUGUAGAUGAUGAUAUAUAUUUUAGGGUAUUAAAAGAGAAAAAGUAUAUGUUAAAUAUGGUAGAUGACGAACCAGUGUCCGUGAAUGAAAAUUUAGAAAAAUUAAAAUUAAAAUAUACUUUAAAUAAUGAUAUGUUAUUUGAAGAAAAUGAAUUUAAAUAUCCUUCAUUUAAACACAAUUAUUCGUCUCUCUUUUUGGCAAAAUUGUAUAAAACUCAGAGAUUAACAGGAACAGAUGAUGACAUAUUUAUUGAAGCUUUUCCAAUCAUUUCGAGCGUCAAUCUUAUUGUAGAGUUUUAUGUAUAUAACCAAUCAGGUGUGUACUUACAGAAUAUAUAUAUUAAUCUAUCAACACAUGGAAAUUUAAAACCAAUAGACAAAAUACCUGGCUUUAAUUUAUCUCCUAAUGAAAAACGAAAAUUUAAAAUAACGAUAAAGGUUCAUACAACAGAAACUGGUAUUAUAUAUGGCUAUGUAUUUUAUGAAAAAAAAAAUGAUAAAAAUAAAAAUUAUCUUGUCCUUAGUGAACUCAACAUUAAUAUGACGGAUUACAUAAAUGCUUCCUUUAUAUCUUCGCACCUCUUUCGUAUUAUGUGGUCGGAGUUCGAGUGGGAGAACAAGAUUAACAUUAACACGUCCAUCAGGUAUGAUAAAGAGGGAGAGGGACAAGUCCGUGCGCUGUGCCACACGCAUAACUCAUGUGCUCUGGCGGAAUUUAUUCAUGACAUUGUUACGGAUUCCUUCGAAUUGUUGAAGCUCAUAAUAAAACAUACAAAUAUGACAAUAGUAGAGAAGUUUAUGCCUCUGGAAUACUAUGUGCUGGAAACAAAAAAUAAACCGGAGCAAGUGAAUAUCAGUCCUAUUGACAUAUACAUAUCGUACAUAUCCACGUUAGAAGACCUCAAAUGUUUGAUUAACAAUUCUGCAUUUUUUUCUGUUAACUUAUUUUCUCGAAGUAUUUUUGGAGAAGAUUCUUUGGCCAACUUGUCUGUUCAGAAAAAUCCCGACGGAAAGUUGUCAGGAAGCAUAAGGCUAAGAAGCAGGACACAGGGAAUAGCCCUUAGCUUAGGAGAUAAAAUAACCUUAGUUCAAACAGGGAUAAGCUCGGAAAUGCAAUGA